CCAUGGGCACAACCCAUCUCCCUUUCAGUGCUAGCUCCCUCUCUUCUCGUCUCCCAAACUCCACCACAGCAGAGCCACUUUUGUUUGCUCUCUUGCCGCCGUCGAAGCACCAGAGAAGAUUCCACGACCCAGUUUGAUCUUUCCUUAACCGUGAAGAGGAAAGCAUCAGAGAUAUCCCCUGACUUGAAAGGAACUUGUUUAUUCCUUGUUGGCAUAAACAGCUCCAUCAAAUCCAACUCGGCGAAACUUCUUGCAGAUGCACUGCGCUAUUAUUAUUUUGACAGUGAUAGUGUCGUUGAAGAAGCUUUGGGAGGAAAGGAUGCUGUCAGGUCGUUAAUGAAGACAGACUUGAAAGGCUUUCGAGACUCAGAGACAGAAGUACUGAAGCAGUUGUCAUCCAUGGGUCGCCUUGUUGUUUGUGCUGGGAAUGGUGCAGUUCAGCGUGCAGCUAAUCUGGCGCUUAUGAGACAUGGCAUAUCAAUAUGGAUCGAUGUGCCCUUGGAUAUGGUAGCCAAGCAGAUUGUGGAGGAGAAUUUUCAAAUUCCUGCUGCUGAAACAAUAAAUGGAUCAUACCCUGAGGUGUUGACUCAAUUAAAUGCUAUUUAUGAAGAUAGCCGUAAUGGAUAUGCUACAGCUGAUACAACUAUUGCACUACAGAAGGUUGCUUCUCGGUUAGGCUAUGAUACAUUGGAGGCGGUGACUACAGAGGAUAUGGUUUUGGAGACUCUGAAGGAGAUAGAGAGAUUGAUGAGAUCAAAGAAGUUGAUGGAAGAAGCUGCCAGGCCAUUUUAGUUUCAAUCACCACCAGUACCAAUUAUUUUGAAUCAACACUUAUUGUUUGGAGCCGCAAGUGCUGUGCUGAAGUUGGAGAAUGAUGCAAUGCUGAAGCUCUUGUAGUUGAAUGACUCUGGUAUUGUGAGAUUAAUUCUUAAGCGGCAUGUAUGUUGUGAGUAUUGUAAAUGUCGUAUUUUUUUGCACAUUUGUAUCUUACUUUGGUCGGAUGAAACUCUCGUCUGAUUGUCAAUCUGCAACUAAGUUUCAACCACCAAA